GUUGAGUCACAACCGUUUGCGCACAAUUUCCAAUUCUCCAUUCAGUCCAUGCCCAAAGCUAGACCAACGGCCAUUGAUCGGUACAUCCACAUUGUGCAGCGACUGAAGACAACCAGAUUACCAUUUCGGAAUAUCCUGCGACUUCAGUAACCCCCAUCGAUCAAUCCCGAAAAGUGUCUGCGACGACUCACUCCCACCCCUCCCAAUAUCGGACCUUGGUUUCGGCGACAGCACCCACAACCGAAAAUGGCUACCGUGAAGCCCAGCGCGGGGGACCUCGAACGGUACCUCAAAACCCUGAAGGGUAAGCCUCUGGAAGCGUCAAUCGACAGUCUCAUCUCUCUCCUGAAAAGACGACAGAUCCAGGGCUCCGAGCUCUGCGCUGUCGCGACCGCACACAUUCUCCUCCAGGUCGUGGCCAAGUCGAAAUGGAACGACGUCGACUCGUUGCUGGAGAAGGUGCAGCAGAUAGGAUUGCGCCUCAUCGCCGCACAGCCCAAGGAAUUGGUCGUCGGCAACAUCGUUAGACGCGUGUUGAGCCUGAUCCGAGACGAGGCUGCCGAGGACCGAAACGAGGACUUUAGUGAGACUGCCACAGAAGUUGGAGGAACCCCGACAACAGCAGUGCCAGACCCCUCCAAGCUGGAGCACCAAUGGCCUCCCUCUACAUAUACCAAGCAGGAUGCAGGUUCAGACUACAUCACGAGCGGCCCAAGACCCGUUCGCCCCGGUUUCCUCACGUCCGCGAGCUCUUUCCACGUCUCAAAGUCUCUCUUUUCCCUUCUCGAGGCGUCACCCCCAGUGGACACUGCUGGCAUCAUGGCCGGAUCGCCGUUUGGCAAGGACUCUGGCGCUUCGACACCCCUUCGUGGACAGUCAACUAGGGUACACGCUCUGAGGUCAGAAGUCUGUGAGGGUAUCGAGGAGCUCAAGGACGAGAUCGGCCAGGUGGACGACCAGAUUGCAGGAGCUGCGGAUGUUCAGAUUCACCCCGGAGACUAUGUGUUGGUGCACCAGCCUUCAGCCACGGUCCAGAAGUUCAUCCUACGCGCUGCAACAAGAAGAAAGUUCACCCUGUUCAUCGCUGCCGGAACGGCUGCCUGCUCCGGUGGGGAGCCGCCAUAUGCAUCUUUCAGGAAGAAGCUUGCAGCAGCGGGCAUCAGUGCGAUCAACAUCCUCAACAGCGGUCUGAUGGCCUACAUGCCCCGGAUUAACAAGGUGAUUCUGGGAGCAAGAGCCGUCCUGGCCAACGGCGGCAUCCUGACAGAUGCAGGCGCUGGUGUGAUUGCACGCGCAGCCAAGGAGCAGGGCAACCCGGUGAUUAUCCUCAGCGGUGUCUACAAGCUCUGCCCAGAGAGCUACUUUGACGAAGAGAGCCUCGUAGAAUGGGGAAGCUCUAUGGGCCAUGUCAGCUUCGCAGACGGAGCCAUGGUCAACGGUGUCGACGUUCGCAGCGCGGUUAGUGAGUUUGUGCCUCCCGAAUUGCUCGACACCUACAUUACCAAUCUUGGCGCACACUCGCGGAACCAUCUGUCCACUAUCAUUGCGGAUCACUACAAGCCAGAAGAUGUCGAUUUCCAUCUCUGGAGCACGGAGGCUGACCGAUGAGUGCUGCCUCUGAAAUAUGUCUCUGUGGGAAAGCCUAGCACGUUUAACGCUGCAGGGGACGCGACAGCGGCGUCCGCGGCCUUGGGGAUGAUUCGUGGCCCGAAGACGAAAGCGAACUUUCAGCCCUGGCCCAGCUAUUGAAUGAUACCAGGCGCAUGCAUAGCCUGUGUUCUGUACAAGUAUACUAAUUCGCGGUUCAAUCCUGGCCCCCUUCUCUAUCUAGGGCUAAGGGUCGGUUGGUUCGGCAGCAUGGCGUUCAGUUUGGAGGGGUAACACAAGCUCAAGAGUCGCGGCGGCGUUUCCAACGGCAUGGGAGAGAGACCCACUGGAUUGCAGGCUUAUGUGGCUUGAUGUGGAGGGAUUACACUGAUGGCGUAUUGCUGCCUCCGAAGAGGCCGCGUCAGCGUGUUGCAGUACAGAGAGCCUUCUCGAAGAAAGUGACUGCGGGCUGCUCUUAUCCAGGGUUCAAUUUAGCGGUGGCUUUUUAUUUCAUUGGGGGAGGGGAAACCUUGAACAAUCGGGGUUUGCGAACAAACGCGUGCCCCUCGCAACUUUUGACUGCGCCGUGGACCGCAGGGGUCACCCUCAAACAAGGUUGAUGCUUAUCUUUACCUGGCGUGAGCUUGGCCGCACCGCUUGGGCUCCCGAGGGUGUGGGGUUUGACCCCCGACCCUCUCUAUUGAGUGACGAACUGUGGUUCACCGUUCGAGGGGUGGGAAUUAGACGUCGUAAGGCUACGCGAACGAGGGGACAAACUGGUCAGAGAGAUUCGCUAGUGGGAAAGCAUGGCCAUUUGUUCUUGCAAGGUUGAGAUUUGGAGAAAUAUGAUGGAGGGAUGGAGGAGAGGAGGAUUGAGUCAAAC